AGCAGGAUCGUCGCACAAAGAUGGCGUACUUUUCGAUGUCAAAGCAAACGACAGAGCGGAUGGCGUCGGGUAUCGCGAAAGUUUAACGCAAUUGUUGCGGAAAAAUACUGCUAAAAACGAGCCAAACUAUUCGCGUUCUGGUCGGGAAAAGCAGCGCUCUAACGUUGCCGUGUGCGUCGGAACGCUGCACGAAUGUUCUGCGCGCAGAAAAAGAGACUCGCACGAAAAAACCGUCCCACAAUAACAUAAACACACACACACUCACUCACUCCACGCCCGCUCCACCUAAAUGUCCUGCAUCUGUGGAUCGCAUGGAUUCGGUGGCUCGGUGUAGUGCGUAAACGUAAAACGUGCGUAUCAGCAGAAGAGUGGAUUGCUUUGAUUAGCAUACCGGCAGACCGAAGAGAAACAAAAAGCAUAAAAAAGCAAAAGCUCCACAACCGCGUGUGUGCUACCGUGGUGUUGUUUUUACGGACCGGUACUUGUGUGUCCGCAGCCGCGAAACGAUGUCAUUACGUCGGCGCGACUUAAGUCCACCGCCGCGUGGUCCGGGAGGCGGUGGCCCACUCGGUGGUGGCAGCAAACUUCGCAUGGAUCGAAAUCCCAGCCGGGCGAAGAUAACUGAUCCAAGCCACCCAGCCGGCAAGCGGAAGGAGAUUGAUAUGGUGAUGAAGAAGGCCCGCGCCUUUCCGAAUGAAACCUGGGACAAAAAGCUGCUGGAGGUGGAGGAAAAGGAUCCGAACCGUUGGCGCCAUACGGGCUACAAAAAGCUGUACAUCGAGGACGAUCCGAGCAGCUCCGACUCGGACCGUGGGCCGGGCGGUGCCGGCGGUCGCUAUGGCAACGGCCGACGCAGCCGUUCGCCUCGAUCGCCGCGCCCGCCUCAUCGACGUUCGCCGUCACCGAUGCUAGCGAUGCGCAAGCGGCACAUGUCGCCGCAUUCGCCGGUUCCGAUGCGGCGCCGUUCGCCCUCGCCGUCACCGAUCAGCCGGAAACCGCCACCGCCGGAGCUGAAGCGGCGACCCCGGUCGCCGUCGCCGCGAAUGCGCCGCAAAUCACCGAUGGGUGGCGGCAUGAUGCGUCGUCCCCUGUCGCCUGGUGAAAUGCGCAGGCGACCGUCGCCACCGCCCGGUAUGGGGCCGGAAUCACCGCGCAGGCCGCCCCGCCGCAUGUCACCACAUCUGGGGCCUCCACCCUCAAAGGGUGGCCGUCUUCCGCCGGUACCACGCUCGAAAAGGCCUCCCUCGCCACCGCCAAGGAUGAGCCGAUCGGCGUCCAUGAGCAGCUGUUCCGACGAUUCCUGUUCCGGCUGUUCGGUCGACGAUCAUCGCCGUCGACGUCGCCGUUCUAGAUCUCGGUCGUUUUCCAAUCCGCGCCCGCGCGUUCGUUCGCCGCCGCACAACAACGGUUCGAAAGGCCUCCGCCGCGAAGGUCUCGCGGGAAGUCACGAAAGUCGUCUGCGCCCGAUGAGUCCACCGCCAGUCGAUCCACGGCGUAAGCAUCUGCCGCCACCGCCAGAACCCCUGCCAAAGGGUCAUCGCGUUCCGGAAAAGCCAUCUCGUGAGCAUCGUCCAUCUCGCUCGAUUCCACAGCCGCUGCCAGAGCAGCGAUCACGGCGCCCGCAAACACCGGACUCGGAUCGUGCUUUGUCCCCACCGAAACGCUCCAAACAUGGAGCCAAAUCGUCCAGUUCCGGCCCUGUGCCAGAAGAUGCACGGCCAUCGAAAGUACGUCCAUCGAAACAACGGCUACCACCACCGUCCUCGGACGUGCUGGGCGCGAACGGUCACGAUGCAGCCGUAUCCGGUGCGGCGUCCUCAUCGUCACAAACCGCACAUCCCGCAGCAUCAUCGAGCUCAUCCGGCACGGGCCACAAGAAACACCAUAAGGACAAGAGUGCCGAAAAGCUGCGCGCUCGGGUUAAAAUAGAAGGUGAACCAAAGCGCCGGUCCCGACCUCGUUCGCCGUCGAGCGGGUCGGAAGAAUCGAGCAGCAGUGAAAGCUCGCUGCCCCGCUUUACGGCCACCACUCGGAUGACACUUUCGGAGCGCUUCGGUAAGAUGGCGCAGUGGAGCGUCGACCGGUCGAACAUGGAAAAUAUGCGCAUCACCAAGAACUCGGCCGGCGGUGAUCUGAAAGUGAUGAUCGAGGAGGAGCUCGAAGCACCACCGACCCGUUACACCUAUUCACCUGCCCCGGCCGGUCACUUCCCGGAGGAGCUGAUGACUACUGGACCGAGCGGUCUGUCGUCGUGGGACGAUGUGCGGGUGCGCUACGAAUACUACAAGGGUCGCGGAUACCUGCGCGAUCUCGAUCUGCAGGACUAUGUCAAGUGGGAGGAGUGGUGGUACAAGUACCAGGAAUGGCUCAAACAGGAACGCUACUACGAGCUGUGGGAACGUUCGCAGAUGAGCCGCCGCCGAAAGAAGAUUCCCAUUUCGCAGCGAUUAAACUAGUGUGUAAUUAAUCAAUCGUAGUGACACAACGACAAACGUAUGUUAACUGAAAAAAGAUGUUUUUUUUAGGAAGAAAUAAUCAGUCGUUGAUCAAAACACACUCGUCGCUAAACGCGGAUGAAUUUCGAAAGUAGAUUUUCGUAACCUUUCCGAGCAUCAUUAAUGUACUAUACAGAAUAUUUCAUUUAUUUUAUCUAUUUAAACCAUUAAUAAGAGUUUAGCAUACUUUUAUAGUACAGUUUGAUGCCGGAGUGAUGCGUUUGGUAUAUUUUUCUCUUCAAUAGCUCGUUUGUGUUGGAACUUUUCUUUUUUACCCCAAAAGAAUCCUUGAUAGUAUAGUGCAAUUGUGACGAAUUCAUUUUCAUAUUUACUUCUUUUCUGUUACUCUUCGAUCUAUUUACGAGCUUUUCUAUUCGUUUGUGCAGCGCAGAAUUUAGUUCAGGACAGAACUUACACGGUACCGAACAGUACAGUGUUCUAUUUUCCUUUAUCACAGGCAAGACGUUGGUAAAGUAUGAGGAACUCCUCUAUCUCAGUACAUUUAACAUUACACUUAAAGCUGUAAUAGCCGCAAAAUAAAACAAGCAAACAUGUUUUAAGAGCAAUAAAUGUGUGACCUCAGUUCUCCAGUUACGGCGAGGAUCUUAUUUAAGCAAUGUCGAUGUGCAAAUCAAGAAUAGAUUUUAAACACACAUACACACAAAAUAAAUCCACUUAAUUGUAUGCCUUCAUUACAGAA